AUGGGCGAGCCCAAAAUCCAGAGAGAGCGCUCUCUCGGCGACCAGCAUGACUGCCAAUAUUCCACGGAUCCUCGGGUGAACAAAGAGCUCGCUGCCUCAUUUCAAAAUCAGCAUGUUGUAAUCGCUGGCGCGGGUCGUGGCAUUGGACGAGCCACAGCCGAGUUCUUCGCUCAUACUGCCGCCAAAUCACUCAGCUUGAUGGCUCUGGAGCUCGCCGAAGUUGACGAGACAGCCAGAAUCUGCAAGACUAUCAACCCAGAUCUUCUGACCAAAACAGCCGCCUUCGAUGUCAAAGAUUAUGACCAAGUGCAAUCAUUCAUCAACGAGGUCGACCGUGACUUUGGCAAGGUCGAUGUCCUUUUCAUGAAUGCCGGACGUCCGCCCCAAUGGCUAUCGACUCACGAGUCGGACCCUCAGUUGUGGUGGGACACUGUGUCAGUCUCGCUCCAAGGAGCCUUCAACUUCAGUCGAGCUGCGGUCCCAGUUAUGCGACGAGAGAGAGGAGGGAGGAUCAUUUUCACAUCGAGUGCAGCUGCACAUUUGAGCUUGGGAAUGAGUAGCUAUGCCAUCGGGAAACUAGGUAUGGUUCGACUGGCCGAAACUCUUCACAAUGAAAACAAAGAGCUCGGGGUGAAGACGUUUGCCAUCCACCCGGGAGCGGUUCAAACUCGAUUCUUCAGCGACUUUCGCGACGCGGCAGAUGGGAAGGUCAAGGCUGGUAGCUAUGUGUCCGAGACAGCACCCGGCGAGGACAAGUCGGCGAAGACAGCAGUACAUUUCUUCCAGGACACCCAGUGGGACACCCCGCAGAUGCCCGCCGGCCUGGUGGUGGCUCUCGCCAGCGGACAGCUGGAUUUCUUGUCAGGCAGAUAUGUGGACGCAGCUAGGAGGAUUGAAGAAUAUAUUGCAGACAAAGAGAGGAUUCGCGAGAAGGAUCUCCAUCGGGUGAGGCUGAUCGCCGACACUGACUGGUUUGUUCCGAAAGGAAUCGACUAG